AUGCCCAAAAGGAAGUCCGCCAAAGCCGUGAUCAGGACCUCGAAACCUUCCACAGUCAUUGGCAAGCGCAAACGAACCGAAGUGGAGACCAAAGAAUGUGCCAUAUGUGUUGAAAGCCAACCGGUCUACCGCAACUUUCCCACAUUCACCACUUGCUCUCAUGAUUCUGACACAUGUCUAUCUUGCAUCGCGAAGCAAACAGUCAUUCUUUUGCAAGCGUCGCGUGGAAAAGGUUGGUCAGCCUCUAGAUGUCCGCAGUGCAAUAUCUCUAUUCCCACGGAAGAGCUGCAGUCUGCACUCCCUCGAGCACUUGUCAAGGAGAUGAAGGAGAUGGUCAGCAAGGCAGCCCAAGCGACAGAUGAUAGCUGGCGCUGGUGUCUACGUCCGGGUUGUGGGCAUGGAAAAAUCCAUGAUGGACGGAGUGAGAUGAUCCAGUGUGGCAAAUGUUCCUACAAAAUGUGCUUCAAGCAUCAAGUACCUUGGCACCAGGGCUAUAGCUGCCAGGAUUACGAAACAUCCCAUCCACAAGCAGCAAUCACCAAGACGAACGAGGAGAUGAUUCAGAAGAUGAGCAAGCCAUGUCCUGGCUGCGGCAUAGCGGUGGAAAAAAUUGGUGGAUGCAAUCAUAUGAGCUGCAGGGAAUGUGGUUCGUCGUGGUUGUGGGAGAGCCCUUCCUCCGCUGGUGGUACCGUUUUACUGGCAGGUCCAAGGGAAUUUGCUCCGCCUCUUCCACAGCAGCCUAUUGAUCUUCCAAAUAUACCUGCUCGGUGGCACGCAAUUGGUCAACUGGGACCCUUCAACCCUCAGAUGUUUCAGCCGCCUCCCAACCUAAAUCGGCCUACUAAUGCGGUCAUCAGGCACAGUGAGUUCCCGCAACAUGCCCGAGAAGAGCAGGAGGGUCCUCGUCCGCAGAGAUCGACCGAGCAGUCGAUAACACCUGCAUCUCAGCCACAGGUGCCGGUAACUUGGGCAAGGAUCGAUAAUACACCUUUCUUUAGACGCACUCCCCCCCAAAUCCGAGCGCUCUGGUCUACUGAAGAUGUGGAAUUUCGAUUCCGACCACCGAUAGCGGGGAGCGUUCAGACACCAAUUGAUCUAACGGGAGAUGAUGAUAUGGUGCAUAUGGCAAGUGGCCAAAGAUCUAGGCGUUAA